AUGCACAACUGCAGCUCCCGCGGCAAUGGAGGUAGCAUUUCGGCCGUUAACUUCACUCAGAUCGGAGGGGUGGUGAAACUUGAGCGCAGCAGAGCUGAUUUGGGCGGCUCACUCUGGAGCCAAGACAUGACCUUGGUGAAUGGUAGCUUUCGUGUGCAGGGCUCCUUCAGCAAUGGCGGAGGGGGCGGUCUUACGGUGGAAGAGAAUUUGGAGCACCAUGGCGGGACUCUUGAACUCCGCGACUGCGUGGUACAACAUAGGCUGAACGCACAUGGAGGUUGUGUGAGGACCGAAAAAUAUGUGCAGACUGGCGGGGUCGCCUUGUUUCAGAAUUGCCGGGCCGUGGCCACCAGAAGAUUGGUGGGAGAGAGCCAGGGGGGUGCCAUUUUCACCGGUUCGUUCAUCCAAACAGGUGGCCUUGCCAUCUUUAAAGACAGCCGGGUGCAGAGUGUUCAGAAGAAGGGCGAUGGGGGAGGAAUCUUCGCGGAUCAACAGAUCAAGCAGCAUGGCGGGCGGCUCACUUUCCAGAAUUGCAGUGCACCAAGAGUAGGUGGUGCAGUAGCCGUGAAACAAUUCGAUGUGACGCAAAGGGAAUUUGUCUGGGUACAAUCUGAAGAUGCCGUUGCCUCCUUUGACGGAUGCAUUGCUGGGCGCUCGGGCGGUGCUGUUUAUUCCAGUGCCAAGAUGUCUCUCUUGGGAAGAAUGACCUUCCACAAUUCCAGUUCUGAUAGAAAGGGUGGCGCGUUGAGAGCCAUGAGGGGUCUCAGUGCCACCUCCCUGUCCUUUUCCCAGUGCUAUUCCGCGCAGCCCGGUGCGGCCUUGGCAGCCGGUGGAGACGUCGAAGUACAGGAGGCCACCUUCGAAGCAUGCAAUUCAGAGAUGUUGUCGGUUGUCAUGUAUGUGGAAGGCAACCUGACUGCUGGCCGCCUCAACAUCACCGGUGUAGCUAGUGAUCGGGCCUCUGACCAGCAUGUGGCGGUGGGUGGUGGGGCGUUGGUGGGAUCCUUGAAGUGCGCGCACGUGAGCAGCUGUGACAUCUCAGCCGUUCAAGAGGAUCCGAAACUUCAGGAGAUGGCUGUGGCACUGUGGGAUCUACAGAUGCAACAACAAGAGAACCAAGAGAACAAAGGGGACUUGAGCAAUCUUCUGAUCUUUUUUUCUGGAUAG